AUGCUACAACGCCCAGGAGAGAAUAAUCCUUGGGAGCCUAAUUGCAGAGGACCAAAUCCCCAACAACAUGAUGAUCCAAAUGCAGAACCAGGACCAGCUCCAAAUUACUUCCAUGCAGGUAGAUUCUAUUGUGUUGAAACUAUCUGUGUGCCUUGUGUUGUUGUUGUUGCUUGGACAAAGUUUGAUAAAUCAGAAUCACCAACAAAUAUUUUGAACUUCCUAGGAAAAGUUUAUCUAACAGAAGAAUCAAGGCCUGAUUAUAUUUGUAUUGAUAAAGGUUGUCAAGUGUUUGCAACUGCAGUAGCAAAUGGAAGUUGGGAUAUUUGGAAAAAAACUACUCGAUUUAUUGUGGAUGCCUACCACUAUAUCAAUCAUCGGGUGUUAGACUUUCUAUGCCAAAAAUAUUGUAAUCCUUCACCUGGUAGUUAUGGCAUAUGA